GGUAGCUCGACAUUAGUACUUAGGUCUCUCGAUAGCUUGUGACUAGAGGCACAAAGAAGAAAAGAAAACAAGGCGACACAACAUGCCACAAGUAAGCAAUUCGGAGGACACACGAAGCCCCAUGAAUUUCGGCGGCGACAGCGGCGACGGAGAGGAGCCCUGGGACGAUAGGUGCACUUACUAUGUGUGCAUGGUGUGCAUGCAAACUGCGGAAUCGCCGAGGGUGAGCUUCUGCGGCCACCACUUCUGCGCCAAGUGCAUUCGCAACUGGAUUGAGACACAGGAAUACCGGGCCAAAUGCCCCUACUGCCAGUCCCUGAUCGGCGAGAACACCCUCAUCACCAUACGCCAUGCGAAGACCUUACGGAACUCUGGCUCGUGCCGUUCCUUUGGCGAGCACCGCCGCCGGAUGCGCAUGAGCAGCGACUGCAUCAGCGAACUGAUCAUUCUGCCGGACGCCGGCAUGUUCACACGCGGCCACAUCAAAUAUCCAGUGGACCCUAUGCCACGGAUCAAACCCUUGCCGCCCCAGAUGCUGCAGCAGUGGUCGCGUUUUCCCAUCGAGCGCCAGUUCGUCUCCCCCUCGCUGCACCAGCGCUUCAUUACCUUCGCCGUCUUUCUGUUCUUGCUUGUCAUGUACCUACACAUGGCUCGUGUGCCCGCCUAACC